UGCGACGAACUGCAUGAUGCGGAAUAACGCAAUUGAGAGGCUAAUUGGGCAAGCAACGUUUCAACCCAAGCUCGACAGACCAUUUUAAGGCAUGGACGCAGUUGCUUUACAGCGGUUGGACUUGUAAUCUCACGUCCAACAAAGCAGUCGUCCAACAGGCAGAGGUCGACCAGGCUGUCGUCGAUCAGGCAGACGCGCGCCAAGUGGAAAUUGAUGAACAAAGGGAGAUACUCGACUUUACUCGCGCCAUUGUCUUCUUCAUAGCUUCAACUAAUUUAUCUCAAUCUCUCGAGCGCUAUAUAUUUUACGCAGUUACUGAGAUGCCCUUUGAGAAUCGUCAAUUAUAGCACCCCGUCACGGUCACGUCGCGUCCUGGUCGUAUAUCAGAAAUGGCUAGGACGAAAUCCACGAGAAGACUGCCACCGCCAAAGGCGCCGGUCGAGAAGGACGCAGAUUCAGCUCCAAAACCCACGGCCUCGAACCCCACACCAAAAAAGAGACGUCCCAUCCCCCGCUCACACUCCCAACCCACCAAAAAACUCAAACCCACCCCCCUCAACACCCCCCCAACAACAAAACUCCACAUCUACGUCUUCGGCGACGGCGAGUCCGGCGAGCUCGGACUCGACCCCACCCCCAUCAACGGCAACAAACCCACCUCCGUCACCCGGCCCCGCCUUAACCCCCUCCUCCCCGCCGCUACCGUCGGAAUCGUCCAGAUCGCCGCGGGGGGGAUGCACUGCGUAGCUCUCACGCAUGAUCAGAAGAUCCUGACUUGGGGAGUUAACGAUGAUGGCGCGCUCGGGCGGGACACGACAUGGGAGGCGCCGACGAGGGAUGUUAAUGAGGGGUCCGAUGGGGAAGAUUCCGAGGAUGAGAGGGAUCUGAAUCCCAAGGAGAGCACGCCGACUGCUAUAGCACGCGAUGCAUUCGGCAACGUCUCUGGGGAGUUUGUCCAGGUCGUCGCGCUCGACAGUGCGAGUUUCGCAUUAACAAGCACCGGCGCCGUCUACGGCUGGGGCACCUUCCGCGCCAACGACGGCAUCCGCGGCUUCACCGCCGCCACCGCCAAAUCCCCAAACCCCUCAAACAGAUGCCAGCGCACUCCCCUCCCCAUCCCCUCCCUCCCCCCCAUCAUCUCUCUCGCCGCAGGAAACAACCACAUCCUCGCCCUCGCCACAACAGGCCGCGUCUUCUCCUGGGGCACACCCGAACAAUCCCAACUCGGUCGCCGCCUCCCCCGCUCCCGUAUCACCGGCCUCACUCCCUCUCCCAUCGUCGCCCUCCCGCCCAUAACCCACAUAGCAGCCGGGAGUGUGGGGGACAAUUCAGCGUGUUUGCCGGACCGGCUGGGUUAGAGGGGAAUACGCAUACGAUGAGCCAUAGAGAUAGAGUGAUGGCGGGCCCGGCGGGGAUGGAGAAGUAUAUGUUCCUAAAAGGGGAAGAUAUCAGUUCUUGAAUGGUCGGACGUAUUGAGAUAGCAUAGUAGGAUAGUAGGGAAGGAAGUGGUUUAGUUAGUGCUGGUGUUUAGAUUGGGCGAGUACGCUUGGUGGGGGGUGGGGCAGGAGCAGGAGAGGGAUACGCAAACUGGUGCUGUCCUGAGGGUUGAAAGAGGGACGGGCUGGCUUGGCUGGGGAU